GCGUAAACAAGCUCUCUCUUCUUCUUCUUCUUCACCAGCUGAUCCACCUGAAUUCUCUCUCUCUCUCUCUUUUUUCUCUUUCAAUUUUCAAUAUGAUCUCCUUUACUUCUCUCUCUUUCUCUUUCCAUUAGAGCUUAAUUUCCAUUUUUACUUCUAUUUUCUUCUUUUUCUUUCUGUUUACCAUAAAAAAAUAAAAAAUAAAAACGUAGUAUAUUCUCUGCCUGUUUCGCUUCUACUCUUUACUGGAUAAGACAUGGGGGGUAACAACGCUAUUAGUCUCGAGGAGAUCAAGAACGAAACUGUUGAUCUGGAGAGAAUUCCAAUUGAAGAAGUGUUUGAGCAAUUGAAAUGUACAAGAGAAGGUUUGACCUCGGAGGAAGGAGUCAACAGGCUUCAUAUUUUUGGUCCAAACAAGCUAGAAGAGAAAAAGGAAAGCAAAUUACUGAAGUUUCUGGGGUUUAUGUGGAACCCUCUAUCAUGGGUCAUGGAAGCUGCAGCUAUCAUGGCAAUUGCUUUGGCAAAUGGUGGUGGGAAGCCCCCAGAUUGGCAAGAUUUUGUGGGUAUUGUCUGCUUGCUUGUUAUCAACUCCACCAUCAGUUUCAUUGAAGAAAACAAUGCAGGCAAUGCAGCUGCUGCUCUUAUGGCUGGUCUUGCUCCAAAGACAAAGGUGCUUAGAGAUGGCAAGUGGACAGAGGAGGAAGCUGCAAUUCUGGUUCCAGGAGACAUCAUUAGUGUCAAAUUGGGAGAUAUCGUCCCUGCUGAUGCACGUCUUCUCGAGGGUGACCCUUUAAAGAUUGAUCAAUCUGCCCUCACUGGAGAAUCACUCCCUGUGACCAAGAAUCCUGGGGAUGAAGUUUUCUCUGGUUCAACUUGCAAACAAGGUGAAAUUGAAGCUGUCGUUAUUGCAACUGGGGUUCACACCUUCUUUGGAAAGGCUGCACAUCUUGUGGACAGCACCAACCAAGUUGGACACUUCCAAAAGGUGCUGACGGCUAUUGGGAAUUUCUGUAUCUGCUCCAUUGCUGUUGGAAUGCUGAUUGAGAUUUUAGUUAUGUAUCCGAUUCAGCACCGCAAGUAUAGGGAUGGAAUUGACAAUCUCCUUGUUCUCUUGAUUGGAGGAAUACCAAUUGCCAUGCCCACUGUCUUGUCUGUGACAAUGGCUAUUGGUUCUCACAGGCUAUCUCAGCAGGGUGCGAUCACCAAGAGGAUGACUGCCAUUGAAGAGAUGGCUGGUAUGGAUGUCCUCUGCAGUGAUAAAACCGGGACACUGACUCUUAACAAGCUCAGUGUUGAUACCAACUUGAUUGAGGUCUUUGUAAAGGGUGUAGAGAAAGAACAUGUGACUUUGCUUGCUGCAAGGGCAUCUAGGACUGAGAACCAGGACGCCAUUGAUACUGCCAUUGUUGGCAUGCUUGCUGAUCCUAAGGAGGCAAGAGCUGGAAUUAGAGAGGUGCACUUUCUCCCUUUCAAUCCUGUAGACAAGAGAACUGCUUUGACUUAUAUUGAUAGUGAUGGAAACUGGCACAGAGCAAGCAAAGGUGCACCAGAACAGAUUUUGACCCUAUGCAACUGCAAAGAGGAUUCUAAGAGGAAGGCUUUUGCUGUCAUCGAUAAGUUUGCUGAACGUGGGCUCCGGUCGCUGGCUGUUGCUAGACAGCAAGUGCCCGAGAAAACCAAGGAAAGCCCUGGUGCUCCAUGGCAGUUUGUUGGGUUGUUGCCACUUUUCGAUCCACCAAGGCAUGAUAGUGCAGAAACCAUCCGCAGGGCUCUUAACCUUGGUGUUAAUGUCAAGAUGAUUACGGGCGAUCAACUUGCCAUUGCAAAGGAGACCGGUCGGAGACUUGGAAUGGGAACCAACAUGUACCCAUCUGCUUCCUUACUUGGUCAAGACAAGGAUGCAAGCAUUGCUGCCAUUCCUGUAGAAGAGUUGAUUGAGAAAGCUGACGGGUUUGCAGGAGUAUUUCCGGAGCACAAAUAUGAAAUUGUGAAGAAGUUGCAAGAGAGGAAGCACAUUUGUGGAAUGACAGGAGAUGGUGUAAAUGAUGCUCCAGCUCUGAAGAAGGCAGAUAUUGGAAUAGCUGUUGCUGAUGCUACUGAUGCUGCUCGAGGCGCUUCAGAUAUUGUUCUCACAGAACCUGGAUUAAGUGUCAUCAUUAGUGCAGUGCUGACCAGCAGAGCAAUUUUCCAGAGAAUGAAAAACUACACAAUCUAUGCGGUUUCAAUCACAAUUCGUAUUGUGUUUGGUUUCAUGCUCAUUGCUUUGAUAUGGAAGUUCGACUUCUCACCUUUCAUGGUUUUGAUUAUUGCCAUCCUAAACGAUGGAACAAUUAUGACGAUCUCAAAGGACAGAGUGAAGCCCUCUCCAAUGCCUGAUAGCUGGAAAUUGAAAGAAAUUUUUGCUACCGGGAUUGUUCUUGGAGGUUACUUGGCAUUGAUGACUGUCAUAUUCUUCUGGGUGAUGAAGGAGACAGAUUUCUUCUCGGACAAAUUUGGAGUGAGAUCUAUUAGGAACAGUCCUCAUGAAAUGAUGGCUGCAUUAUACCUUCAAGUGAGUAUUGUGAGCCAGGCUCUCAUUUUCGUAACCCGUUCUCGCAGCUGGUCCUACGUUGAACGCCCUGGAUUACUAUUAGUCAGUGCAUUCAUUGUUGCGCAAUUGGUUGCAACUUUGAUUGCAGUGUAUGCAAACUGGGGUUUUGCAAGAAUCAAAGGAGUUGGCUGGGGAUGGGCUGGUGUCAUCUGGAUUUACAGCAUUGUCUUCUAUGUCCCACUCGACUUAAUGAAGUUUGCCAUCCGCUACAUCUUAAGUGGAAAGGCUUGGCUCAACUUGCUCGAGAACAAGACUGCCUUCACCACCAAGAAAGAUUAUGGUAAAGAGGAAAGAGAAGCUCAAUGGGCUCUUGCUCAAAGGACACUCCAUGGACUUCAACCGCCGGAAACUUCCAACCUCUUUAACGAUAAGAGCAGUUACAGAGAGCUAUCUGAGAUAGCCGAGCAGGCCAAGAGACGAGCUGAAGUUGCCAGGCUUCGGGAGCUUCACACGCUGAAGGGACAUGUCGAGUCAGUGGUGAAGCUGAAAGGUUUGGACAUUGACACAAUCCAGCAGCACUAUACAGUGUAAAAAUGGAGAAGAAGGACCAUCAGCUGAGAGGGAAAAGCGCUCGAGAAGUAAGAGGUCCCAAUGAUGUAACUAUUUUUAAGACAGGGAUAGACAACGAGAGAAAGACAUAAGGCCUAAUUAGUCAAAAGCAUUUCUAGAUAUAUAUAAUCUAUAUCUAUAUAUAUAUAUAUAUAUGGACUACGGAGAGCAUGAUUUGUGUUAUAUAUAACUCUCCCUAAUCUGUUUUACAUUUCCUUUCUAAUGUAUUUUCAAAUUGCCAGAAGAAAGGUGUGUUUGGUUUUUUUUUU